AUGUCCUACUCUCCGCCUGGGUCUCCAAUUGACCCGCGGGGCUUCGCCAUCAUAGUAAAGCGCAUCGAGAAGGGCAAGCUGGCAGGCACAGCUACCGGCAAGGCAGCGACCCUUGACACGUCCGUAUGGAUCUUCGGCAAGAGUAUGGGCCUGGUACAAUUGCCCAAAGACUUGGAUGACGACUUUUCGCCCCACUAUUUCAAGUAUGGGGCGAAGGUUUGGAGCUCGCAAGAGUUUCCGUACCUCACCUUCAUGGAGGCUGGCAUGAAAGCCGGAGGCAUCGUGGAGUUCCACAGCCAACUGCCCAAAACGGGGAAGCUGCAGUCUACCACGGUGCAGCCUGCCAAAUCUGGAGGACUCUGCAGUUGCUUCAAAGGCCUCAUCAGCAAAAUGUGUUCCAAGAAAGGCUCAGAGCUGAGCCUUCCCUUGGCCCGCACAUAG